GUCAUCGGAGGAAUUAAGCCGCCUGUCUGGCUUUGACUUUCCCGUAUUUGGUUUUAGGGCUUUAGAGUAAAUCAAAGGCGAAGGUAAAUAGGAACUCCCGGCUGUAAUCCGCAACACUUUGCUGACCUGAGUCCAGGAGAACGCACAACCUGAUCACCUCGGAAAGGGAGAACACAGUGUGUGGGGAAUGGAGCACUGGAUACAGACGGCACUGAUCCUGGCGUUGUCCGCGGUGAUUACAGGCGCCUCCGAGGAUGUCGUUAUUGACAACGCCAUCAGGAAAUGUAAUCACAAGCUGGGGACUAACUUUGACUUCAAAUUGGCUGACGCUCCACCCAAACAAAUACAGAGCGGUGGUUUCUUCUUCAAUUAUGCGUCCUAUCAGCAUCCCCCCGACCCUCGCCUCGCCCGCCUCUUCCCGUGGCUCCGCCAGCCCUCCAGACAUCGGUUCAUACUGACGACCACCUGGAAGAAACCGCCGACAGAAACCACAACGGUGCGACCCGGAAGAGGAGACGCCAGGAACAUGAUAAUGAGGAGCUGCUCUGCAUAUCUGACCAAUCAGGAGCCUGCAAAAUACGUCCUCACUUGUAACAAUGUCCCCCAAGAGGGGAAGGUUGAGGAGAAGACAAUUGAGGUUCCUCUGAUAAGCAGCACUAUGAAGAGCAGCACUAUGAAGAGCAGCACGGUGGCGGUGGAAGAAUCGGAGAUGGAUGAGGACGAGGAGACAGACGACACCUGGGACCUCUCCCGAUGUUUGGGAUGUAUCUUUGAUUUAUUAAAUUCAAAAGGUUAAUGUCAAAUAAAAAGCUGCUAACAAUGA